AUGAGUGCCAUCGAAGAACUUCAAACUCUCGUCCUCACAACACUUGAAGAAAAAGGUUCGAUUUCGAACACGAAAGAACUUUGUGCUCCCAAUGGCGAAGAUUUAGAUCAGUUAGCAUUGCUUGGUGCAUUAAAGAGUUUAAGUCUGGAAGGCGAAGAGAUGGUUCAUUACGAUUCUAUCGAAGGAGAAGUGUGGGUGCUAACUGAUGAAGGGAAUGAAAUCGCUGAUAAUGGAAGUCACGAAGCUAAAGUCUUUGAGGCCAUUCCUAUCGGAGAGAAGGGAAUCGAGAUUCCUGAAUUGCAGGCACAGGCUGCAAAAAUAGGUCAAGGGAAAGCCUUCAAGAACAAAUGGAUCACCAAAAAUGGAAACAAUGUCAUUCGUGCGGUCGAUUCCAUAGUAGAUCAGACGCGAAUAGAUCUCCAAAUUAUUCGAUCGACCGGUACACAUUCGGAUCCUAAAGUGUUAUCCGAACUAAAAAAGAGGAAACUUUGUGACAAGCAGAAAAAGUUUUCCUACUCUGUCACAAAAGGGCCAUGCUUCUCAUUGACUAUAGAGAAACAGGCUCGUGAUAUAACGGUUGAGAUGCUCCAGAGCGGAGAAUGGAAGAACGAGAAAUUUAAAAAGUACAAUUUUGAUGCUCUCGGAAUAUUACCUCUUGGUGGGCAUUUACACCCGUUGAUGAAAGUCCGUGAAGAAUUUAGGCAGAUUUUUUUUGAGAUGGGGUUUGAAGAAAUGCCAACAAAUAGAUUUGUUGAAUCAUCUUUCUGGAACUUUGACGCACUCUUCCAACCUCAACAACAUCCAGCGCGUGAUGCACACGAUACCUUUUUCUUAAAGGACCCCGCAACUAGUACACAAUUUCCCGAAGAAUAUCUCAAACGCGUCAAAGAGGUUCACUCUGUUGGAGGAUACGGAUCGACUGGAUAUGGAUAUGAUUGGAAGAUCGAGGAGGCACAAAAGUUAAUUUUAAGAACACACACCACAGCAGUUUCAUCUACCAUGCUGUAUGAUCUCGCUCAGCAAAAGGAAUUCAAGCCGGUGAAAUAUUUCUCUAUAGAUCGUGUUUUCAGAAACGAGACGGUGGACGCUACACACUUGGCAGAGUUUCAUCAAGUUGAAGGUGUAAUUGCUGAUAAAGGAUUAACACUGGGAGAUUUGAUCGGAUUUAUGGACACUUUCUUUGGAAAGAUGGGAGUGAAGAAUCUUCGAUUCAAACCCGCCUACAACCCAUACACUGAACCAAGUAUGGAGAUUUUCUCUUAUCAUCCUGGUCUGGGUAAAUGGGUAGAAGUGGGUAACUCUGGCAUGUUCCGUCCAGAGAUGUUGGAACCAAUGGGUCUUGAUCCAGAAGUUCGCGUCAUUGCUUGGGGAUUAAGUUUAGAACGACCUACCAUGAUAAAAUACGGAAUCGAUAAUAUUCGUGAGUUACUCGGACACAAGGUCAACUUGUCAAUGAUUCAAAAUAACCCUAUUUGUCGUCUGGACAAGUAG